AACAGUCUGCUAUCUACAAAGGUGAAUCAGAGUCCUGUGAGAACACACAAGCAAAGCUUCUCCUGGAAUAAAUCAGCUGACAUCUGAUCCUUUCCAUUGUCUGUACUGUUUCUGCUGCUCUGGAAACCAUGCAAGGACAGGAACAGACCACCAUGGCAGUGGUUCCUGGAGUUGCUGUGCCUUCAAAGAAUUCUGUUAUGACAUCACAAAUGUGGAAUGAGAAGAAAGAGAAAUUCUUGAAGGGGGAACCCAAAGUCCUUGGGGUUUUACAAGUGAUGAUUGCUAUCAUAAACCUCAGCUUAGGAAUAAUAAUUUUGACAACUUUAUUUUCUGAACUACCCACUUCAGUGAUGUUAAUGGUCCCAAUUUGGGGAUCAAUAAUGUUCAUUGUCUCCGGAUCCCUGUCCAUUGCAGCAGGAGUGACACCUACAAAAUGCCUGAUCGUUGCCAGUCUAACUCUGAACACUAUCACCUCUGUGUUGGCUGCAACUGCAAGCAUAAUGGGUGUAGUCAGUGUGGCUGUGGGUUCACAGUUUCCGUUUCGGUAUAAUUAUACAAUCACCAAGGGUUUGGAUGUUUUGAUGUUAAUUUUCAAUAUGCUAGAAUUCUGCCUUGCUGUGUCCGUCUCUGCAUUUGGAUGUGAAGCUUCCUGUUGUAACUCCCGUGAGGUUCUUGUAGUGCUACCAUCAAAUCCUGUUGAGACAGUGAUGGCACCCCCAAUGACACUUCAACCAUUGCUACCAUCAGAACACCAAGGGACCAAUGUUCCAGGAAAUGUGUACAAGAACCACCCAGGAGAAAUAGUCUAAUUUUGAUGUGUGUGUGUGUGUAUUUCCCUAGGAUAUUAACACUUCAUUGCACUGGCUUUUGAGGUGAAUAUUAGAUUUACUGUAAGUAUGUAAGUCAAGCACUUAUUAGGUCAACAACACUUCAACAUAUUAUAUUCAUUGUAUGUACAAGGGGCAAUGAAUUUGCAAAGAUGUUUUGAAAGCAAACAGAAAAAAAAAAAAAACAACCAAACAAAAGACCUCUUAGUGAAAUGAGGUCUCUUUGCAAAGACUAAAAAACUGGAGUUCACAUUUUUGGGGGUGGGGGGGGCUUUUGCUAAAUAAGUAGAUUUAGAUGCUUUUGAUCAAGUACAAACUCAUAAAGUAUGUAAGAAAUUACUAAUGAUAGGAACCAAUUUUAAUCUCAUAUGUAACAUAGUGUAUAAUUUAAUAGAUCUGGUAAAAAUUUAUAAUAAAGAGAAAUGCCUGAAA